UUCUCAGAUCAAAACAGACUGGGAGAAUUCCCACUGUUCCACCUGUUCUAUAGAGAAAGAUAGAAGUUCUGCUUCUUCCCGGCGAGAUCACCACUCUGCAGCAUGGCAAUGGAAUGCAUCAAGAACUGCUGCAAAAGCUUCCAAGGCAAAGACAAGGCAAUCAAACAGAAAGUGAUAACGGUGAAGAUGUCCCCUGCCAGAGCCAUCUCAGGUGACCCCAGGAAGAGUGUAGGGGUAUCAGAGGACUAUCUCCUCUCCAAACUCCCCCCGGGUGGGAAAGACAUUCCCUUUGUCAUCCCCACGUUCAAACCUUCCUACAUCCAACCGCCAGGCUCACGUUACCUCGGCAACCAGACACCGUGGCUACACACCAGUAGCGCCUAUGCAGAGAGGAAGGCUGAGCUGUCAGGGGACAGUCAUAUCAUCUAUAACCCUGACUCCUCCCCCAACAUGUGUCCCAGGACAACACCACACAGCACCCUGAAAAAUACUCCCCGUGGAUCAGGUGGGAAUAUGAAGACUGGAACACAGAGUCUGAGUAAAUCUAUGUUUAAUCUGUCUAACCCCAGCCUUCACAGCCACAUACAGCAGUAUGACAGUGUGUCCAACGUCCAGAGCAGCAGUGCUUCGUCCUCUACGAGGGACUCCCUGGGGAGCAGCCGUAGUCUUGAGUCCAUCACGUUGUCAGGCGAUGAGAGGGAGCUUGGGAUGGUGUGUGUCCGGCUGAGUUACCAGGAGGACCUGGAGCAGGUGUGGAUCACGUUGGUACAGUGUAAGGAUGUGUCCCUCGUUCAGAACAGCAGUGAGCAGCAGACGAUUAGCUUUAAAGGCAUCAUCACUAUGACCAAACCAGUACAGUUCAAGAGCUCCGUCAAGGAAGGUUCUCCGGACACAGUCUUCAUGGAGACCUUUGUGUUUACGUUGCGGCUGCAGCAGCUGCGUUGCAGUGCUCUGGUAUUCCGGCUGCAGACCCACCACCCCAGGAAGAGAACGGUGGCAGAGUGUGUCCUCUCCCUCAGACAGCUGGGCCCUGAGGAGACACAGCACUGGAUGGAGCUCAGCCCCCCCUCCAAGGCCACAGUGUGUCACGCCGAGCUGCACCUGGCCACCUGUUUCCAGCCUGUUAACGGACGCAUCCAACUGCAGGUCCUCGCUGCCCAGAACCUCCCAGCUCCACUCAGCCAGGCGUUCUUUGUGAAGAUAUUCAUGCAGCUGCAGGGCACGGUGGUGAUGAAGAAGAAGACUCACACCCUAAAGUCCUCCGGAGGUCAGCUGACCUGGACUGAGUCUUUCUACUUCCCCUUCGCUUUGGACCAGGGCUUCCUGCUGUCAGUCAAACUCUACAGCCGCAGUUCUGUCAGACGGAAACACUACCGAGGACAGGUGAGACGAAAGGCCUAGGGCUCUGUUCAAUACGAAUAGCGGAAGUUCAGCUUGACAGCGAGAUUGAAAUUUAAAGGCAAUGUUCCAACUUCAAGCAGAGACUGUUUUCAUGGUAGACGCUGCAACGUAAAAUGACCUUUACAUUUCUAUCCCGGGAAGCUGUAACGCUUCAGAUUUUCCAGAUUAAAUAGAGCCCCUAGAUUUAAUCAGACCAAGCGUUGACCCGGCGAGAGCCGACACCUGCCACCUGCAUAGCUGAUGUUUUUGGCGGUGUCGGUGUGGAACUGUGUCGGUGUGGAACUGUGUCGGUGUGGAACUGUGUCGGUGUGGA